CAUUCUUGUACACCCUGUGUGCGUUGCCAUGACUCUAUAAAUUUUUUUGGGUUUUUUAUUUUUUGUUAUAACCAAGGCCAAAUUUUUACAAACAAGACCAACCCUCUUAAAAAAAGUCGUUUCAUUUCCUCUUUUUUCAUGUGUCUUUUAUCAUCUUUCCAUGAAGCAUGGCGGUAUCAUCACUGAGUAUUCUUCCUGAACAUACUAUCAUUGAUCUGUACAAAGACACCCCGGCCGCGGUGCCUCUUAUUGUCAAAGGACAAGUCCAGUUACAGCUCACACGGCCUAUCCAUGUCCGUCAAAUCACGGUCAUUUUUCGCGGUCAGGUCCGUAGCGAGAUUUCCAACGAUUAUACACAGAUCGUUGCCGGUCUAAGUACGGCGUCACAAACAAUUGUCCGUGAGGAACAACUCUUGUUGAACGAGCGGACUAUUGUGACGGGCGGAUUGACACGUUGGCCUUUUGAAAUAAGUAUUCGAGGGGCGCAUCAGUUACCGCCGUCGGUGGAUCUCUCGCGACAUACCAUUCUCUAUGAAGUGUCUGCGCGGUUGAGCCUGAGUUCGUUGACCGAGCGUUUAAAGCUCAACUGGAACGAGCGGAUCAAUUCUUUGGGUUUGUCACGUUCAAGUCUUGAUCCUGAUCCUGUCACGCACAGUAUGGACAACAACGUGAAUUCUGACUGGUUAUCCGUGGCACUCCCGCCCAGAAAACAAAAACGAGCUUUAAUGCGCGUCAGUCGGUCUAUCCAAGUAUUAAAUCACAGUUAUGCCAGUUUGGAUGUGGCUCGUCGUUCACGACCACGAAUCCGUUACCGGGGAAAACGCCAAGCCAUUACGAGACGAAGGCCGAGUAGCGAAAAUUGUCAUGUACAUCGAGCAGGUAGAAACUUACCCGUAAGUCAUUCUCUUUGUGUCCACUUUUUUUUCGAGUUUUCUACAAAACCAAUCACUGAUUUGAUGUAUAUUUUAUUGUUCUUGUACUCAGUAUCCGUCCCGGUGUGAUCAAAUUUGGCAGCGUUCUUCCCAAAGAACUUUUGGCUCCUCGUACCACCAAAUCGUGUUACAAGGAGUAUGAUGUGCGAGAAGAGGACAACCUCGCUCAUCUACGUAAGUCCUCGUCGCCAAAUUUUUUGUCGUAGUCAUACUGUU